AAGAAUCGGAUUUUGGGGUGAUUCUAAGGUCUCGUGAUUCUAGAGUGAAGAACAAGUAAAAGUAAAUAGGCCUAAGGUCUUUUCAUUGAUAUUUGGUAACAUAUUAUCUGUAGUUAGUCAUUGCACGAUCGUUUGUUCGUUUCUAUUGCACGAUCAGUUUCGGUUUUCUCUUAACUGCACAAAAUGGCUCUUGAACCGAAACGUGUAGACUUUGCCACAACUUGGUCUAAUUUAGAGAAAACAGUUGAAGGUGUUGUUACUCUGGGCAAAAACUUUCCUCGUGAUGUAUGGUACAAUGGAUUCAGUGAUGUGUUUUCCCUCUUCAAGGACAAACCAGAAUCCGAGCAAGAGUCUUUCGCUAAAAAGUUAUACCACGAAACCGAAAAGCUUCUAAAGGAGCAUGUUGAAUCUCUUUUCAUCCAAGUGAAUGGCGCCAGUGAAGAACAGCUUCUGACUGUGUAUUACACACUUUGGCAGCAAUUUAGCCAAGGAAUUGACUGUUUGGACAAUCUUUACUCAUACCCAAAUACAAAAUUCUUAAGGAAGCCAAAAAUCACGGAUGAAGAACUCCUUGCUUAUUUCGAGGAGUCGGAUUGUGAAUUACCUGAUCAAACGAGAGAAAUAGGAGAAUUAGGUUUGGAUUUGUGGACGAGGUACAUGAUAGAGCCAUUGAAAGUUCACUUGCUGAGGUUACUUUUGGGAGGCAUACAUUGUGACCGAACAGGACAAUCGCCUUUGUACAAUGAAAAGCCAUCAACAAUUAAGGGUGUGAUUCGGUCAUUGGUUUCAGUCAAAGAAAAAGAAUACGUCAGGAAGAUGCGACUUCAUGAGGAAGUUUUUGAAAGGCCAUUUCUGGAAGCCACUGGAGAAUAUUACGCGCGAGAAGCUAGUCGCUUGUUACAGGAAUGCACAAUUUCCAUGUACAUGGAAAAAGUUUUGCAACGUCGAGACGAAGAAGAUUUACGCAGUCGGAAAUUCCUGCAACCAAGCUCUUCCAGUAAAGUUCGAAAUGAAUUCGAAAAGAGAAUGAUAGCAGAUCACUUGGCGGCUAUCCACAACGAGUGCCCAAAGAUGCUGGAAUUAAAGCAAUAUGAAGAUCUUGGAAAUGCGUACGAGCUAUUGAAGUCGAUUCCGGGAAGUUUGACUGUUCUAGUCUCGCACUUCAAGGAACACAUCAAACAACAAGGAUUGCGAACAGUGGCUAACCUGUCAGGAGACAACAUGUCUGCCCAGUUUGUAGAGGCGGGCAUGCUUAGGUUCCACUCCGAGUACAAAGAGAUCACCAACACUGUUUUCAGUAAUGAUCAGCUAUUUAGCAGCGCUCUAGAUGAGGCCUUUGCUGCAGUCGUCAACCAUCGCCCUAAUUAACAACCUUGAAGAUUCUUCGCCACAUCGACUUAAUUCAGGAGGUGUUGAGCACAACCUAAACCCGAUUCGUUCCUUCCAUUAGCUUGAUAAAAACGUGCAUUGCGACACUGAUUGAAAAGGAGUACCUGGAGCGGACCUCAAGUUUGAUGUACGAAUAUAGCUAUGUGGCGUAGAAAAUGCUAUCUCAAUGUUAGUUCGCAAUAUCAUUCUGUAAUACUUUGGCGUAAAACUUUUUACAAAUUGUUGAAAGGGAAACAGUUUCGAGAUGGUCUUUUGGGUACUUCUCAUUUAUCGUACAUGGAUUACUUUUUUUAUUUUAUAUUUUUCAUCCGUUUUUUUCGUACUGCGUGCACUUAAAAAUCUUACAUGCACAUUUCGAACAUCGUUUAAUGUGCAGUAUUAGAAAUACAAGACAUUCAAAAUUUA